AUGGAAUGGCAUCUUGUUUGCUGCGUGCUCACUUGCACUCUAGUUUCGACCCAAGUAUAUGGCCAAGAACAGGAGAAAAUUGUGCUUUCCCUACCGGAUGCAAGUGGUCAGCCGGGCAAAAAUCUCACUCUCGAUGUGGCACAGCUGGCCAAGAUAGUACUUCCAUCACCACACGAGACUCGCGUAAUUGGCGGACAUGUGACCACAAAUACCAAGUUGGGAGGAUACCUAACAGCAUUGCUUUAUGAAGACGAUUUUGUUUGUGGCGGCACACUGCUCAACGAAAACAUCGUCCUGACGGCGGCCCACUGUUUUCUGGGUCGGAUGAAGGCGAGCGAAUGGAUUGUGGCUGCCGGCAUUUCCAAUCUCAAUCAAAAGGGUAUUCGACGCCAUGUUAAGGACUUCAUCCUCUCCGAGCAAUUUCGAGAGGACGACAUGAAUAUGGAUGUAGCAGUGGUACUGCUGAAAACUCCCCUGAAGGCUAAAAACAUCGGAACACUUAGCUUAUGUUCGGUGACCCUCAAGCCAGGCGCAGAACUGGUGGUUUCCGGAUGGGGCAUGACCGCUCCCCGAGGACGUGGACCCCACAACUUACUGCGUACAGUGACAGUGCCAAUUAUUCACAAAAAGAACUGUCGCGCUGCCUAUCAGCCCACGGCUAAAAUAACAGACAGUAUGAUAUGUGCUGCAGUGCUGGGACGUAAGGAUGCGUGCACCUUUGACUCCGGUGGGCCGUUGGUGUUCAAAAAGCAGGUGUGUGGCAUAGUGUCCUUUGGCAUUGGGUGUGCUAGCAGCCGUUAUCCUGGCGUCUACACGGAUGUUAUGUACGUGAAGCCUUUUAUCGAGAAAAGCAUUAAAGCUUUGCUAGCAAAGCGAUAAAUAAAAGCUUUCUACACUUAGAAAUCA